AGGUAACUGGGGAGGAGUGUCUCUCAGUCACACGUCUGGUUGGGAGCAGCAGUGACAGAGGACAACAGACCGACAGCAGAAAAGAAACGAGAAGACAGGUCCGGUUCUUCUGUAGUGCAGAGGCACGGAGUGAUGAAGGAGACUGCAGCCAGGGACACAGUGCUGGACCUGUAACCUCCUCCCAGACCUGCCUCUCACGUUCCCAGCUGUCUCCAGAAGGUGUCCCAGUGCAGAGCAACGGGAGCCCAGCUCUGCACACCACUGGACGAAACACAGGAGAGGCGGGGCUAGAAGAUGCGCCAUUUACCGUGAAGAUCCAGGGGGCAGGAAUCGAACCGUUUGAGCUUCAGGUGGGCCAGUGCUGGCUGGUCCAGGAUCUGGCUCAAGCGGUUCUUGCCCGGGAGGAGGUGGUUCCCCGGACCUGCCUGGCACUGUCCCUCCACGGGGUGACUCUGGAACCGCUGUCAGAGCUGGGGGCUGCCAAGGGCUUUGGACUCGGAGUCACGAUCAAACUGAUUGAGGAGCUGUACUCACCCCAGGCUGUGCGUGUGCACCUUGCCCGGCUGCAGGAGCUGCUGCAGAGCCCUGGGCCCCAGGACGCACUGAGACAGGGACAAUCGCCCACCUACCUGGACGCUGCCUCACAGGGGACUGUCCCAGAGGUGUCCCCCGGACGAGGGUCCCGACGCUCUGCCAGUGAUGCCCGGGUCGACCCCCCUGCUGACUGCCCCCCUCCAGACUUCAUCCUCCCAGGCUGCCGAGAGCGCCCCCUGCUGUCCCUCAUUCCUGCUCUGCCCGCCAGCACACACUCUGAGAAUUCAGCCUGCCUUUCCGACCUGUCCCUCAGCCGGUGGAACCCUCCCCCUAGAAACAGGAAGCUGCAGGGCGACUUGCUGUACUUGACUGUCUGCACCCUGGAGGGGAAGAGGUGUGACAUCACAUCCUGUCCGAAGGGAUUCUACCUCAACCAAUCCACAGAAGCCCAGUUUGACCCGCGACCCGCCACGCCCUCCCUGCUUUCCCACUCUUUGGCUGACUUGCUGGCUCAGCUCAGUCCCAGGUUCAAGAAGGGACUUACUGCAUUGAGGAGCAGAUCACAGCGACCCUUGUUAGAGACGAUGGCCACGCCCUAUCGCACCCUAGCUUGGGUGGCCCCACUCCUGCAGCACCGUCCCACCUGUGACCCCUACAGCUGGCGCCUGGGGCUGGAGGAGCACAGCUCUGGCCAGGCCCCAGACUGGAACGAGGAGCUGCAGGCAGCACGUGAUCUUCCCCAGAGCACUCUGGAGGAGAGGCUGCUGAGGAGCCGGGCUCUGCUGCAGGUGAGCAGUGGCUUUGUGUGGGCUGUGACCCAGGGGGCGGAGGCUGUGAUUGACGGGAGUGCUGUGCCCAUCAACCCAAGCGAGGAGCCUCAGCUGCAGGCCUUCCUGUGUGGGGGGGUGUUCUUCAGCCAGGGCGCUGAGGGAGGCGUGCUGGGCGGGAAGCGAGGGGCCCGCGCAGCGCCCAGGCUGGAGCUGGCAGGUGUGCAGGCCUACAGCCAGCUGGGCAAGGGGCUGGUGGGGCAGGGCGCCCUGCACACUCUGCCUGCAGCCGUGGUGGACUACAGGGGGGUGCGUCUGGCUGCGCAGGGCCUGGCCCCGGGCUGGCUGGAGCCAGAGCAGGAGGGCCAGGGGGCGGCGGGCAGCACGCGGCUCCUGUAUGGGCUCUCCGCGCCCCCCCAGGAGGGCGGUCCCCGCAGGAGGCUGCUGGAGCUGCUGGCCCAGGCUGCCAAGAGCCUGGCGAUUCAGAAGCACAGUGUGUUGACGCCGCGCGACCACCCAGCCCCGCUCUUCUCCUCCGCGGACUGCAGGGGUGUGCUGGGCGCAGACGGCAGGUACUACGUGACGGAUCUGUUCCGCACCCUGCCGCCGGAUGUCAAUUUCCUGCCUCAGGAGAGGAAAGGGGAAGAUGGGUGGCCCUCGGGGUACUCAUCGCUCAGCCUACCCAGGGUCUUCCCUCACCAGCUGUGCCGCCUGCGGCCCGAGCUGGUCAGCGCCUUCAUACAGCACAAGUCGUCUCAGUUUAAGCAGCGUGUGAAAGAGACGAUGGCGCAGAGUGGGCCUGACCACGGCAGCGGACAGGGUGUUGACGCCAUCAGAGCGGCCUGUAAGGAGCUGGGCUCAGUCAGUGACAUCAUCUUUGAGAUUCGCUUCAACCCUGACCUCUACUCACCAGGUGUGCGAUUCCCGGAGGAGGAGCAGGGAGCCGUGCAGCUGCAGGAGAGGCUCCUGAGGGAGGCUGCGGCAUUCCUGGUGACAGAGCAGAUCCCAGCCUUUGUGUCAGACUGCCGGCACCGCCAUGUUAUCCCAGCAGAUGGCGCAACUUUGGCCCAGGCACUACACCAGAGGGGCAUCAACCUGCGCUACAUGGGACAGGUUGUUCGCACCAUUGACCAAUCACAGCACACUGAGCGACUGACUCAUGUCAAGAGACUGCUCUAUGGAGAGAUGAUUGUCCGGUCAGCUAGACGGGUCCUUAACAACUCUCUGCAGGGGGUGGAAACGUCCAGUUUGGCUGCAGCUGUCAGUCACUUCCUGUGUUGCCUGCUGGGACCACACUGCAAUCCCGCCCCUGUAGGGGAGGAGCCAAAACGGCGGUCUCGGAGGCGUGGCCGUGGUGGGGGCGGGGUUUCCGACAAUACUGGCUGGAGCGUGCUCAGUGCUGCGGAGCUCUGGAAUCUCAUUAGUCUGGAUGUGCAGGAGACCUAUGACCUCAAAACUGACUUGGGUUCCAGCAUUGACCAUGUGGUGGAGGUGUAUGGACUGCAGAAGGUAUCGGUGCUGAGGGAGCUGUGUCUGAAGAUGGGGAUACAGGUGCAGCUGAAGGAGUACAACCUGGACAGUCGCCACAGGCCACCCUUCUCCCCGGAGGACAUCCUGGGCAUCUUCCCUGUGGUCAAGCACCUCACCACGGGCUCCAGGGACGCCACCCGCGUGUUCUUAGGGGCGCAGGCCAGCGUGCAGAAGGGCCAGCUGCUGGAGGGGUACGAGCAGCUGAAGGAGGCCGUGUAUCUCUUCAGCCGCACCUGCGAUGAGCUGCACCCCGACGCGUGUGCCUGCCUGAGCGCCCUGGCGCGGGUCGCCCACGUCCUGGGGCGCAGUGCAGAGGCCCGCAGUGUCCAGCUGAGAGCAGUGGUGGUCAGUGAGAGAGUGCUGGGGUUCGACCACCCCAACACAGUCCAGGAGUACGCCCUGCUGGCGGUGUACGUGUGCACGGGAGGAGAGCUGCCACUGGCGCGGCGGCUGCUGUACCGGGCGAGGCUGCUGCUGCUGCUGCUGCACGGAGAGGAUCACCCCUACAUGGCCACCCUGGACAGCUCUAUUGGGCUGCUGCUGCAGGGUGAGCAGUCUGUACAGUUCCUGCAGAGCGCGCUCAGAAUCAACACCAAGUUCUGUGGCAGUGACGACCCGCAGACUGCUCUCAGUCAUCACCUUCUGGCCCAGGCGCUGUGCAGCGUGGGGGAGUAUCGCAGUGCAAUGAGCCAGGAGAAAGCAGCACUGGUAGUGUACCAGGCUCAGUUUGGAGAGGAUCACCAACAGACAAAAGCAAGCUUGAAUUUCCUGCAAGCCAUUACCCAGCAAGCUGUACGUGUGGAGCGAACCCUGAGGCAAGGCGCCGACCCUGUUGAGGCAGCACCCCCUCAGAUUUUAACUCCCUCUCUGGAGACCAGACUGGAGCAGCUGGCCCUGGUCAAUGGGAUCCUCAAAGUCACACCAGGUAACAAGACCCAUAAACAGGACAAUCAAGCAAGAGAGAGUGACAAUAAUGCUCUACAUGUCCUAGACCAGAAUGACAUAAGAAAUGAGAAUGAGAAAAUAGUUGUAGCAGAUCUGACCAACGAACUGGCAGGGCCUGAGGGACCUGAACUGUUGUCAAACGGUGGGACUGUAGAGUCACCGGCCAAUGGGGAAAAUGCUACAGAGAAAGAGACAGGUGAAGAGGAAGCGGGGCAGGAAAUCAUGAUUAAUGAAAAUACAGGUACAGAUAAAGAACUACCUGGCUCACAUCAGGAGAAGAUUAUACCCGGGGAGAAGAUGAUACCACAGGAACCAGCUCAUGACCGUUCAGGUCCUCCAGAAACGGCCAGAGAAGAGACAGCAGCCAUUUAACAGCAAACCCACUCUGAGCAACGACCAGCCCCUACAGCUGCCAUCCGUCCACAAACUUACCUUCUUCAAAAAAAGGCACAGCUUUUUAAUAGUCUGCCAAAUCAAUUAAUUUUUAAUAUUGUAAAAAUGGCAUUGUGAUUUUAUGAAACCGUGUGAUUUCUCAGUUUAUUCUGGUGAAUGAAGGACACUGAAAACAGAGCAAAAAUGCAGUGACUGGCUCCCUCCCAUACUCUGGAGGCGAAGACUGUCGCAAUGUCCUCCCCCACCUCAUCUGUAAAAUGUGUCUGACCAGAGAGCCGGCCGGCCGUUGAUACUGGCACCUCGGGGCUGACUGCUCACUAUCAACCUGGUACAGACACAGUAGUAUCAGAUGUACUUUUCCUUUAUUUACAGUAAUACAAGCUUUCAGACAAAACUAAUACAACUCUUCUCAUCUCAUUUACCCUGUGCUCUCUAGUGCUUAUUGCUUGUGCAAAACUGACAUACAUUGUACAAAUCUGACUGACCUUGCAUCUUGGGACUGCAGUUAUUUAACCCACUAGUGGGCAGUGCCAGCCUGAAUGGGCACCACAGGUGUGCAGUCAACCAGCCAGACCCCAGCUGUGCUCCGGGAUCGCCU